UGGCCCGAUGGCGCCUCAGCGGAGGGGCGCGCCCAAGGCGCCCGAGGGCAGCGGGGAGACAGAACGCCGGCGCCCGAGCAGCACGAAGAGUGUCCGGGCCCCGCGGGAGGUGCCGAGGAAGUGGCUGAGAACCGCCGUCCCGGGGGCCUGUGCCGUGCUUGCCGGGCUGCUGCUCUGGGGCAGUCUGGGGGGUGAUGGUGGCGUCACUGAGGUCCUGGCUCACCGUGGUGAGAUGCUACCGGGCAGGUUCAUCGAGGUGCCCUGCUCAGACGACUAUGACAGUCACCGAAGGUUUGAAGGCUGCUCGCCUAGGAAGUGUGGCCGGGGCAUCACUGACACCGUCAUCACCAGGGACGAAGCCCAGCGGAUUCGCAGCAUAGCCGAGAAGGGGCUGUCCCUGGGAGGAUCUGACGGAGGGGCAUCCAUCUUGGACUUGCACUCAGGAGCCCUGUCUGUCGGGAAGCACUUUGUGAACCUGUACAGAUACUUUGGAGAUAAAAUACAAACCGUCUUCUCAGAAGAGGACUUCCAGCUGUACAGGGACGUGCGGCAGAAGGUCCAGCUCACGAUCGCCCAGGCUUUUGGCAUCAGUGCGUCUUCGCUGUACCUGACAAAGCCCACAUUCUUCUCCCGCAUCAACAGCACCCAAGCCCGGACGGCUCACGACGAGUAUUGGCACGCACACGUGGACAAGGUGACCUACGGCUCCUUCGAUUACACCUCACUGCUCUACCUCUCCGACUACCUGGACGACUUCGGCGGGGGCCGGUUUGUGUUCAUGGAGAAGGGGGCCAACAAGACGGUGGAGCCGAGAGCAGGUCGGGUGUCCUUCUUCACCUCGGGGUCCGAGAACCUGCACCGUGUGGAGAAGGUCCACUGGGGCACCCGUUACGCCGUCACCAUCGCCUUCACCUGCAACCCGGACCACGGCAUUGCAGACCCUGUGUUCACGUAGCCCCGGCCACGGCGCCCUCCCCGGGAGCAGCCACGCCUGACAGAUGCCCCUGCCGCCGGUUCGGCCCAUUUCCAUUGAACAAGGUGCCUUAUGAAUCACCCGG